CAGGACCCACAUAUGUGAACCUGGUGCCGUGGUUCGAAUUGAAAGCGCAUGGCGAUGCGGGGAGUAGGAGGCCCUUUGUUGUGCAUAGGCGAUCUGCUCAGUGAUGUCGGAGAAGAUGGCUCCGGCUGCGACAACCUCUCUAGUUGCGGUGACAUCAAGACUCUGUCUUUUUCAGAGUCCAGUACCAGCUUCAGACCUUCCGAUCUCCCCAAGCUCUUUCAGGAAAACUAUGAGAAGCUGAAUGAAGCACUUGCUGGCACUGACCAUUCAUGGACUGCUCUCACACUUGAACUGUGCUCCGCCAUGCAGACUGCCAAUAAAUUGGUCGACUGUGCCAACUGCAAUGCUGGGAAGCUAUCAGAGAAUGUUCAGACGCUUCAGGAAAUAAUUAAUCAGAGAGAUUCAAAUGUAGCUGCAGCAAAAGCCAUUCAAAAGUUGCCUGAAUGGAAAAGGAGCCCUGAUGGUGAGAAUCAUCUUCAAAUUUGAACGGUAAAGGUUUGCCUUGCUGAAGAGGGGAUGUAUAGUCUUGAGAUGUUCUUGUGCAUUGUGGCGGUUAGUUUCUCACACAUGUGUACUUUUCCCAUUUGAUUUUAUUCCUUUUCUAGGAAAAUUGUAUUGAUCUUAAUAUGUAAGUGUGUCGUGUAUGAAUGGUUAACUCAUACCUGUAGUGUUCAGGCUUUCAUAAACAAAAACUUCACGUUUGAAGUUGAGAAAAUGGUCAAAUAAGGUCUUCUACUAUUAUGAAAUAGUCACAUAAGACCAUGUACUCAAUAAAGUGUCAUAUAAAUACCUCUACUUGUAAAAAGCAAUCAAAUGAGUCCUAAUGACAUAUUUAACACCUCUUAAUCCCGGUUUCAACGUACUUCUGACUAUCUUUUUAGAAUACAUUAUACGGCAUAUGUCGAAUAUUUAACUAAGAUUGGUUGAAAUACAAGUCAAAAAAUCGACAUGUAAGCUAAAAUCGGGAUCAGGAGGUGUUAAAUAAGCCGUUAGGAC